AUGGCGGAAGCGUCCGUCCCGUGACGAUGUCAGAAGAGCCUCGAGGGGGAGGGAAGGAGAGCAGUGACGAAACGCGAGGAGGCGGGGCCCGGAAGGCCGCGGGGUAAUCGGGGAGCCCCCGCUAUGGCCGGCGUCUUCGACAUCGACCUGGAAACGGAGGAGGGGAGCGACGGGGAGGAGCCUGAUCUGGGGGCCUUGGAAGUGGACCUAGAUUCUCGCAGCAGUGGGCCGGAGCUGGUGCCAGGAUAUUAUGAGGAAAUUGAAAUCUCUGAGAGCAUCGUCAACAAUGGCCCAGAGCGCAUUGGGCCCCACUGCUUUGAGUUGCUGCGUGUCCUGGGCAAGGGUGGCUAUGGCAAGGUGUUCCAGGUACGGAAGGUGCAGGGCACAAACGCAGGGAAGAUCUUUGCCAUGAAAGUCCUGAAGAAGGCCAAGAUUGCCUGUGAUGCCAAAGACACAGCUCACACGAAGGCUGAGAGGAAUAUCCUGGAGGCCAUCAAGCACCCUUUCAUUGUGGACCUGAUCUAUGCCUUCCAGACCGGUGGCAAGCUCUACCUCAUCCUGGAAUGUCUCAGCGGUGGGGAGCUUUUCAUGCAACUGGAGCGAGAAGGCAUCUUCCUGGAGGAUACAGCCUGUUUCUAUCUGAGCGAGAUCACCCUGGCCCUUGGCCACCUCCACUCUAAUGGCAUCAUCUACCGGGAUCUCAAGCCGGAGAACAUAAUGCUAAACAGCCAAGGGCACAUUAAGCUGACGGACUUCGGCCUUUGCAAGGAAUCCAUCCACGAUGGUGCUGUCACCCACACCUUUUGUGGCACCAUAGAGUACAUGGCUCCAGAGAUAUUGAUGCGCAGCGGGCACAACCGAGCUGUGGACUGGUGGAGCCUCGGUGCGCUGAUGUACGACAUGCUCACUGGAUCGCCUCCAUUUACAGCUGAAAACCGCAAGAAGACAAUUGACAAGAUCCUGAAGGGAAAGUUAGUGUUUCCACCCUACUUGACGCCAGAUGCCCGUGACCUGAUCAAGAAGUUCCUCAAAAGGAAUCCUAGUCAGAGGAUCGGUGGUGGGCCACGUGAUGCUGCAGAUGUGCAGAGGCACCCUUUCUUCCGACAUAUCAACUGGGAUGACUUACUGGCCAGGAGAGUUGAUCCGCCCUUCCGCCCAUUCCUGCAAUCAGAAGAUGAUGUCAGUCAGUUUGACACCCGCUUCACUCGCCAGACCCCUGUGGACAGUCCCGACGAUGGGGCCCUCAGUGAGAGUGCCAAUCAGGCUUUUCUGGGAUUUACCUAUGUAGCCCCAUCAGUGUUGGAGAGCAUCAAGGAAGGCUUUUCCUUCCAGCCCAAACUGCGAUCCCCGCGGCGUCUCAACAGCAGCCCCCGCACACCUGUCAGCCCAUUGAAGUUCUCACCCUUUGAGGCCUUCAAGCCAAGCACGACCAUGGAACUGAUGGAGCUGCCAGCACCCCUGUUCAUGCCUGUGCCGGACGUCACCGCCCCGCUGCCCAUCAAGACCCCAUUGGGCAGCAAGAAGAAAAAGAAAGGCGCCCGAGGGCGAGCCCGGUAGCCGGGGGCAGCGGGGAGCUGACUGGACCGUCUGCCUCGCGGAGCGGCGCUGCUCUCCUGUCUGGGGGCGGGGGGCGGGGGGGGCUUGAGCUGUGCCACAGGGGCUUCCAGCCCUGUCAGAAGCACAUGUCUUCCCCCGCUGCAAGAGGCCACUUCCCCUCCCAGCUGCAAGAGGCUGCAUGGUGUUGGUGCUUCCCCGUGUAGGGACUAUCCCCCCCACAAGGUGCUUUCAAUUACACACACACAGAUGUAUACAUGUAGCUGGGAAUAGGAGGAGCUCGGGAUGCUGGAAAGAGCAGUCCAAAGGUUCCUGCCUGGAGCUGCAUCCUGUCUUCUUUUCUUUUUUGCCGUGUGUUGCUAUGAGUGUGAGCUGGAGCAGGGCUGGCCUAGGGCCUGGCUUCCCUCACUGCUAUUGCCAGCAUUGUGCCUGUUAACGGUUCAGGACUUGUAAAGCAAGGGCAGCAACGUUUGACAGUAUGGAAAGGGUCCAGCCGUUUGUGGGUGGAGUUGUGCCCUCUCCCGGGAAGCCGCUUCCCCAUCUACUUUUCCCAAGUGCCAAAAGCAGCAGCUCCUCCCUUCCGUCUCCCUAUGCAGCGGCUGUUGCCGGAGAAGCCCUCCUCUCCCAGGGCGGCUCCCUCUCCAGCCUCGCUUCUUCAUAUCCUUGGCUGUGAAUGGAUCCCAGCAAACAGAAUCAUGAUUUGGGUGCCUGCCCAGCAAAGGGGCCGUCUGCGGCAAGGAGCGACGGGUGCCCUGGAAGCACCGCUGCUACGAUACCUGUGGAGCAUGAAUGAUGCUCAGAAGUGUAAUGACAGUGAGAGUGCCAUGAUGCACGGUCGGACACUUCAGUCACCCAGUCUCCCCUUUGCUUUAUUGUCAGAGGGAAGGUACUUU